CCGUUACUCCUCUGCGGCGUCUCCCUCUCUCUCUCUCUUCCUUAUCAUCUUCACUCUUUCUCUGUCUCUCACACUUCACACGGAGCCAUUCAACCAGAACGAAGAGGUCUCUGAUCACUUCUCUGCCAUUUCUACUUUAGCUUAAGCUAAGAGAGUGUUAUCUUAUUCUCAACCUUUGGGUUUUCUCAUCGAAGUGGAUCAAUAUGUCUGAAGAAACAAAGACGAAGCUCGAAUCGGCGGGAGAUUUGUCUGAUGUAGACAACGGGAACUGUAGUAGCAGUGGAAGUGGAGGUGAUACGAAGAAGACAUGCGUUGAUUGCGGAACUAGCAGGACUCCUCUUUGGCGUGGUGGACCUGCUGGCCCUAAAUCAUUGUGCAACGCCUGUGGGAUCAAAAGCAGGAAGAAGAGACAAGCAGCUCUUGGAAUCAGACAAGAAGAUAACAAGAUCAAGAACAAAACUAGUAGUAACAAUCUCAAUCUUGAGAAUCGAAAUGUCAAGAUCGGUAAAGCUGAAGCAGGAAAUGUCAAGAACAGGAUCAUCAAAACAGAUUCUGAGAGUUACAGUAACACCAACAACAACAACAGCAAGAAGAAUGUGAAAAGGGUUAGUAGAUUUUUGGAUUUAGGGUUUAAAGUACCGGCGAUGAAGAGAUCGGCGGUGGAGAAGAAGAGGCUAUGGAGGAAACUUGGGGAAGAGGAACGAGCAGCAGUACUUCUCAUGACUCUUUCUUGUGGUUGAGAUCAGUUUCUUAACACUCCUUUUUUUUGUCUGAAUGGUUUGAGAGAUGAGGUUUAGGGAAAAUAAGUUAGUAGAGAAAUGAUGAAGAGAGGUUUAAUUAAUAUCCUAAUUGUCAUAAGAUAUAAGUAUAUGUAAUUCAGUCGAAAUUGUUUUUAGGCAAAGCUAAUGUUAUAAAUGCGAUAUUACUAUUAUAAUUAUUCGUUUAAACUCUGGUUUUAUUUGA